UCGUGUAGCUCAGCAGAGCUCCGUAUUUUAUUCACCUUUUCCCCUAAAAUGGAGCAACCAAACAACAUAUAAAACAUGGUGGCAGCUAUACUCCGUCUCCAAGGAUAGACAAAGAGGGGAAAGAGGUAAUAACAAUCUGGAGAUACCGAAAUAUGGAGAUUAAAACACGAGAGGUAAGCGACCAACCAACAAAGAGACUAGUGCCACGUGGAGACUGUGCAAAGAGAGUAAACAUCAACUUUGAGUGUAGUGAAAAUCCUGAUCUUAUGGACUCUGAUCUCAAUUCUGAUCCAGGUGAAAACCCUGAAUCAAUCCAAUACAUGGACCAUGAAAACCAAACAAAGAGAACAAGAGAAGAACUAGAAAGUGAUAACGAAGAAAACCCAAUCUCAAAACAACCGAAAAACAAAGAAGCCGGAUGGAAAGCACCGGAAGAACCCCAACCAACAACAAGUAACAACCAAGCAAAUAUGGAGGUGCAGAUCAACCAUCUAUAACAAAGUACUACAUACUGAGACAUACAAAGAUCUUCCUACAAACAACUAAAUUAAUUGAUAUAAUUUAAGAAACAAGAAGCCAAGAAAAAAAAGAGGAUCCAGGGGAUAUAGACAACAACAGUCUAAAACCCUAAAACAGGAAAGAAGAAGAAGAAGAA